CUCUGUUUUCCACUAGCCCCACACAACACUUGGUGGCCUAUACCUUUGUCCCUUAUUUUGCUUGCCACCUUGUGUCUACUACUCUUGGGAAGCUGAGUGCUUAUUCUUCUGCAACACAAGUCAAUUGUUUUAAUCAGAAAACAAAAAAUGGCAACACAGGCAUUGAUAUCCUCAUCAUCUAUUGCAUCCUCAACUGAGGCUGCCAGACAAAUUCUAGGAGGAAGACCUUUCCAAUCUCCAAUCAAGAAGGCUUCCUUUGUUGUAAGGGCUACUGCCACUCCACCUGUUAAGCAAGGAGCAAAUAGGCCUCUCUGGUUUGCAUCCAAGCAGAGCCUUUCAUACUUGGAUGGCAGCCUUCCUGGUGACUAUGGAUUUGAUCCCCUGGGACUGUCAGACCCUGAAGGUACUGGAGGUUUCAUUGAACCAAAAUGGCUAGCAUAUGGAGAGGUCAUCAAUGGAAGAUUUGCUAUGUUGGGGGUAGUAGGAGCCAUUGCGCCCGAGAUUCUUGGUAAGGCUGGUCUCAUCCCAGCAGAAACAGCCCUUCCAUGGUUCCAGACAGGAGUGAUUCCUCCAGCUGGAACAUACAACUAUUGGGCGGACGGUUACACACUAUUUGUACUGGAGAUGGCACUCAUGGGAUUUGCUGAACACAGAAGAUUCCAGGACUGGGCCAAGCCAGGUUCUAUGGGUAAACAAUACUUUUUGGGGCUAGAGAAAGGCUUGGGAGGCUCUGGAGACCCAGCAUACCCUGGUGGACCUUUCUUUAACCCUCUCGGGUUCGGAAAAGAUGAGAAGUCUAUGAAGGAGUUGAAGCUCAAGGAGAUUAAGAAUGGAAGACUAGCUAUGUUGGGUAUCUUGGGUUACUUCAUUCAAGGUUUGGUAACUGGAGUUGGACCUUACCAAAACCUCCUUGACCAUUUGGCUGACCCUGUAAACAACAAUGUCUUGACCAGCCUCAAGUUCCACUAAACAAGGAGCAAAUCACCCUGUUUUAGCUACCCUGUUCUGAUAUGUAACAUUAUGUGCAGAUAUUAUUUUGCAUAUCAUUGUAAUCAGCUAAAAAGGACCUGUCAACUCAAAAACCUGUUUUUCCUGA